AUGGUCACGCGACACGAUAGUAAAGGUUGUGAUGGUGACGGUGGUGGUGGUGGCAGUGGUCUUAUUAAUGGUAGAGGUGGUGGUGGCGGUAUUGUUAGAGGAUGGAGGAAGCGAUGGUGGACUGGUGGUGAUUUCAGUGGUGGCGGUGACGAUGAUGAUAGCAGUGAUGGUGACAGUGGUCUUAUUAAUGGAGAGGUGAUGACGGUGGUGGAGGGUGAAGGUGGAGAUGAAGAAGGCGGCGACGGUAGUGGUAGUGUUGGUGGUUGCAGUGACAGCGAUGGUGGAGGAGACAGUUGGAGUGGUGGCGGAGGUGGUGGCGAUGACAGUGGUGGUGGUGGAGGGUGGUGGUCUUAUUAA